AUGAAGGACAUCCAUGGGGUGAAGAACAUCCAUGGAGUGCAGAACACCUGUGGGGUGAGGGACAUCCAUGGGAUGAAGCACAUCCAUGGGGUGAAGAACAUCUGUGGGGUGAAGGACAUCCGUGGGAUGAAGCACAUCCGUAGGGUGAAGAACAUCUGUGGGGUGAAGGGCAAUCUCAAGUUGAAGGACAACCAUGGGGUGAAGAACAUCCAUGGAGUGCAGAACAUCUGUGUGGUGAGGGACAUCCAUGGGAUGAAGCACAUCCAUGGGGUGAAGAACAUCUGUGGGGUGAAGGACAUCCGUGGGAUGAAGCACAUCCGUAGGGUGAAGAACAUCUGUGGGGUGAAGGGCAAUCUCAAGUUGAAGGACAACCAUGGGGUGAAGAACAUCUGCAGGGUGAAGAACAUCUGCAGGCCUGACCCCCGCCUCCUCCCGGCGCCCCGGCAGACCGCCAUGGAGAACGAGCAGCUCCCGGCGCCUCCUCCCGCCAGCAGCGCCGGCGGCACCGCCACGACGCCCAGCAGCACCGGCACCGCGCGCCCGCCCGCCCCGCAGAUCUCCGUCUACAGUGGCAUCCCCGACCGCCAGACCGUCCAGGUGAUCCAGCAAGCGCUGCACCGGCAGCCCAACACGGCGGCGCAGUACCUGCAGCAGAUGUACGCGGCGCAGCAGCAGCACCUCAUGCUGCAGACGGCGGCCCUCCAGCAGCAGCACCUCACCAGCGCCCAGCUCCAGAGCCUGGCCGCCGUCCAGCAGGCGAGCCUGGCCGCCAACAGGCAGAGUGGCUCCUCGGCGGGGAACGGCGCCCAACCGGCACCAGCGCAGCAACCCACGAUCAACCUGGCGACGUCCCCGGCGGCGGCGCAGCUCCUGAACCGUGCGCAGAGCGUGGCCCCCGGCGCCUCGGGCAUCGCGCAGCAGGCCGUGCUGCUGGGCAACGCCGCCUCGCCCGCCCUCACCGCCAGCCAGGCACAGAUGUACCUGCGGGCACAGAUGCUCAUCUUCACACCCACCGGCCCCGUCAGCGCCGUCCGGCCGGAGAGC